ACAUGUUAACUUUUUUUUUUCUUCUAGUUGGAAGGUGCAGCAUUCACAAUGACAUUCUAUGGAGAAGGAUACAGCAAAGACCGUGAUCCACAGUGUGGAAAACCAGACCUCAAGAUUUGCACACAAGUAAAAGGACCAGAGGCUGGGUAUGUUGCUACCCCAAUUGCUAUGGUACAGGCAGCAGUGACAUUGCUCAAGGAACCAAAAUCUUUACCUGAACAUGGUGGAGUAUAUACUCCAGGAGCAGCUUUCGCAAAGACUGGCCUGAUUGAACGCCUGAAAAGUCGUGGCAUAGAGUUUAUCAGCAACCCAGAAACUUAGCUAUUAACAUCAGUGCAUUAAAGGACCCAAUAGCUUUGCACUUACUAGGAAAGUAACUGAAGCAAAACAUCACAGCAAGCUGCAAUUCAUAUAUGAUUUUAUAAUAAUCUUUGUGCAUACCAUAAGACAGGUACAUUGCUUACAGUGUUGUGUUUGCAAGUCGUAUUGUGUUUUGUUUUUUUGUUUUUGUAUUCUAAACUGCAUUACUUAAUAAAUAUGAAGUGGUAAAAGA